AUGACAUACCAGGAUGCCGACUACAACCCAAAGGGUAGUGCAAAGACUACAACGGCUAAGGCAGCUUCAACACAAGCAGCACCUCUCGAAACCUCAACCUCACGCACUGGUGUCGGGCAAACACCACUACAGCAAAUAUUCGAGUCAGCUGUCGACCGAUCACGAAAGAUUGAAAACCCUGCGCUCGGUAUCGCUUUUAAGCAGCUACAUGAGGCGAGCCUGCGGAACAGUGUAAACGACCAUCAUGAAGCUGUGCUCUUUCAGAAGCCAGCGUUGCAACCAAUUGUCGCACUUCAGAGCUAUCUCAAAGCCGGGAAGAAGCAGAUCAGAGCUUAUAACAAGCCAGACUCUGCAGAGUUACAGCGAAUUGCCGCUUCAUUUGAAAGACAGGCGUUCUGA